AUGGAGAGAUCCGACAGCAUUUCUCUGCGCAGCAUCGAGGCCUCUCAGCCCCAAGAACAGGCCACCGACAAGAACGAGACCAAAGACAACAAUCAAGGUGCAACAACCGCAGCUCCAGCUCCCCAGUACCCAUCAGGGAUCAAAUACUAUCUCGCAGUUGCAACCUUGUGUCUGGCAAUCUUCCUCGUCACCUUGGACAGCACCAUCAUCGCGACGGCGACGCCCUAUAUCUCCGACGACUUCCACUCUCUCGGGGAUGUCGGCUGGUACAGUAGCGUCUACACCAUGCUCAUCUGCACGACCCAACUCCUCUUUGGCAAACUCCUCGCCCGCUACUCCGUCCGCUGGAUAUACAGCAUCUCAAUGCUCUUCUUCCUCGUAGGCUCCGCCGUCUGCGGCGCCGCGCCCAACUCCCACUCCCUCAUCAUCGGCCGCGCCCUGGCCGGCGUAGGCUGCUCAGGUCUCCUAGUCGCUGCCUUCUCUCUCGUCCCGAUCCUCGUCGCCCCAGCCAAACGCCCUAUCAUCCUCGGUCUUCUCUCAGGCUCCCGCGGACUCGCCACGACAUUCGGACCUCUAAUCGGAGGUGUUCUCACUGAAAAGGUCUCCUGGCGGUGGAACUUCUACAUCAACCUCCCCAUAGGCGCCGUCAUCCAAAUUGCCUUUUUCCUUCUAGUCCAUCCGCCCAAACGAGACCACGAAGCCUUCACCUCCUGGACAGAGUUCCUCAGGACCCUCGAUCUAUUCGGUCUCGUGGCUCUUCUUCCAUCCAUCGUCUGCCUCCUUCUAGCCCUGCAAUGGGGCGGCCUCAAAUACGCCUGGCAAGACGCCCGUAUCAUCGUACUGCUAGUCCUAGCAGGCAUCCUCGCCAUUGCAUUCAUCAGCGUCGAAAUCUGGCAAGGCCCCAAAGCCAUGCUCCCUUCGCGGGUCUUCACUCAACGCACCGUCUCAGCAGCAUCCUUCUUUGGUUUCUGCACAGUCAGCGCCAUCUUCGUGCUCACUUACUACCUCCCCAUCUGGUUCCAAGGCGUCAAAUCCGCCAUCCCCAUCCAAUCCGGAAUCUGGACCCUCCCGUGGGUAAUAACCAGCACGAUCGUCUCCCUCGCCGGCGGGAUCCUAAUGUCCAAAGUCGGCCACCCGGACUUAUUCAUGGGAAUAGCAACGAUCUUCGGCGCCAUAGGCUCCGGCCUCUUCACCUCCUUCACAGUCGACACAUCCACAGGGAAAUGGAUCGGAUAUCAGAUCAUCUUCGCCAUAUCGUCGAGUCUAUGUAGUGUGACCCCGUUAAUGGUGGCGCAGCAGGCACUGCCGUUGAAGGAUAUUCCUAUUGGAUCGGGGUUGGUGAUGUUUUCGCAGACAGUGGGAGCGUCUAUAUUUGUUGCCGUCGCCCAAGCCCUCUUCACGAAUGAGCUGAGUGCCGGGUUGGAAGGGACCGCUGUGGGUAGUGGACUUGACGUGAGUAGGUUAUUGUCUGGUGGGAUUUCAACCCUUACGGAGGGGUUGUCCGGGCAAGGGAAGCGGGCGGUGUUGGUGGUGCUGAAUGAGGCGUUGACGAGGUCGUGGCAGCUCGCGGUGGUGUUGGAAUGCGUGGCGGUGAUUGGGGUGCUGGCGGUGGUGCAUGGGAUGAGGAUGAAGAGGGUGGGUAGUAGUACUUCGUUGUAG